AUGGCUCACACAAGAUAUCCCUGCGCGCCUAGUUUCGCCAACAACUACAGUAACGCACCGCAAGACUCGACCUGGCACCCGCCACGGCCACCGUCUCCUCCCCCAUUCCUCGCCGAGCUGGAGGACACGAGCCCGCCUCGGUCACACACCACCAGACCAUACCAGCAGCAGCAUCCAGCGCCCCCACUCCUGGACGUGCACAUCCCGAGUCCAACUCUAUCUCUUUGGCCGCCCACCGCCGCCGCCGACCCCCAUCUCAUCCCAUCCCCAAGCAGUCCAGCGCCGCCGACACACCGCGCAGGUGAGUAUGCCCAUUCCCGCGUAACCCCCUCGCAGGCCUGCGCGGCACCACCGCUCCGCGCCUGGUCCUUUGACGUCACCGACGAGUACCGCUACGCCGCGGCGCCCGCGUACACGGCAGGCCUGCCUCCGUGGGACCGCGCCCCCGCGAACUCGGCGACCAGCGACGGCGGGGGCUCGCCGAUGCCCAGCACCGCCGGCAGCGAGCUCAUGGAGCGCUACUUUCCCUCGCCGUCCUCGUGGCUGGGCGAGCACGCCGAGGUCGACGUGCGCGGGCGCGCCGCCCCGGAGGACCUGCGGUGCGGGCUGCUCCCGGACGAGCCCAGCACCAGCACAAGAAUGCCAGCCGCGCGGCGGACUGCGCCGCGGCGUGGAGGGGCAGCAGAGGGCAUGGUGGCGUGGGCAGGGCGUGACGAUGGGAACAGCGGUCGCGGCGCGGGUCUUCAGUUCACUAUAGAUUAA